ACGGUGGUGUGAUAUGGUAUUAGUUGUAUAAAAAUGAGUCAAAAGUGAAGUGGGUUAGGCUAACUGAUUCUCAUCUGAUGCGGGAUAAAUAGACAUAGGUUUUUGUGGAGAAAAUGAGAGGUGGCCCGCAUUUAAAGUGCCAAUAUUUGAAUUCAUCAACACAUCCAUCUGGGAUCUACCCUUCAUUGCCCAUACACCACAUAAUGCUCACCAGAAUUUAGUACUCUCUUUCAUAUUUCACCCCUUUUCCCAUUUCUCAUUAUUCUUUAAUGGGGUCGGGAAAAGCUUCACACCAACACCAAACCACCACCAUCACCAAUCUCUAGAUUAUAGCCAAGAAAAAGCAAAUGAAAUGGCAACAUGCGGCGGCCUACAGCAGUUGUUUGAGAUGCCAUUGCCUGAAAAUCCAUCAUUCCACAAUUCAUGGAAACACAUCCAAUCCAUGAAGGCUGCUGCAGGAGACAACAAUCACCAUCACCAUUCCUUUACAGAGAUAUUUGGUCAGCCAUACCUCAAGGAUCGAGAUCCUACAACCCCGCGUUCCCCUCUCUUCACGCUCUCUCCCACGUCCUCCCUGUCGUCGGAUGAGGAGGAGAUGAGGAAUCCGGCAAGGAGGCCCAUAUCUUGCAUGGGGAAGAGGUGCUUGCAGCCCAUAAGGCAGAAUGGGAGGUUUAUUCUGACGGAGAUCAGAAUCUCGACGCAGGAGUUCCUGCACGCCUGCCGCGAGAACGGACGGCUCAAGGUGCACGUCGUUCACUCCGACGAGGAGGAUGGCGACGUCGAGACCAUCCAUGGAGGAGAAGAGCAGCAGCAGCAGCAGCACCUGCAAAUAACAGCAACACCAUAGGUAGGCACCAGCUAAUUAAGUCUUGUUUGCAUCAAUGUCAAUGCCACCUCUUUAUUUUUGAAUCAUUCAAAUAAGACAGCUCUAGUAAUUCAUAAAAUGUUACUACUUCAUAGCA